AUGUCGCUUCCUGCGAGCAAACGAUCAUCAUCUACCAUCCCAUACACGAUGUCAACUAAGCUGACCGUUGAGCUGCCACCUCAUGUUGCAAUUGCUAUCACUCAGGGUGACUGUGAGAGGUCACAAAUUGCACAGUGUUUCGUCGAUGCUGUCAAGAGGCUUCCUCCGAAGGAAACUGCUAUCCAUGUCCACGACUAUACUGACAGCGAGACUGUCUUCACCGACACUGGUCUGUCGACUCCGCCAACGGGUUCCGAGGUUGAGACUCUCACGAUGGUUGACUCGAAUAGCCUUCGAGAAACAGGAGAACAAGUAGACCCAGACCCGAGCCCAGAGACGUUCUUCGUGGAUGUCGAACAUCAGACCGCUUAUCAGCAAACGCAAAUCUUCACGAUACCAGCUCGAAGCGACAUGACUGUUUAUGAGCUCCAGGCUUGGCUGAAGCGGGAAACCGGCAUCUCUGAACCUCAGCAACGCUUGUUGCUUCAUGGCCGUUGUCUCGAUUCGGAGGUACGGCUUCAAGAGUAUGGCAUUGGUCCAGCCUCACGACUGCGAUUACUUCGCCUCUUGGGCGUCUGUUUCGAUCGUGCCGACCUUGACUUUGUGCUUCGUGGUUUGAAUGGCCCUGGUUGCACGAAUGGCGAAAUUCAGGUUCAUGCCCGAAGCUCGACUCCUAUACGACAUCUCGUGGAACAAUUGAUCAGCGAGCGUGCACUUUCUACGUACGAAUACAAGGACUGCUCGUGGUACCUCAAACUAGCGGGAGAGGUCAUCUACAAGCACCGGUACAUGGCACAUAUCGAUGGGCAGCCGCAGACGUGCGAAGAGAUACCCUGGAGAAUCGAGGACAGAAGCCUUGCAUCGUUCGGCAUCAAGCAUGGCUCAAUCAUCGACUGCAGACAGAUACUCGUUUGA